UCUCGCAUUUUUGUCGGCAGUUCAAGCAGACUGUAGGCCUACCGUUACUGCGCUAUAGAUUUAGUGUCUUAUACAAACAUUCACGUCAAGAGAGAGGAACGGGACCUUAAUUUUUGUUAAGUCAUAGUCUAGAUCGAGCUAUAUAAAUCAAAUCUAGAUCUACAUCUAGACUAGAGCUGUCAGCAGAAUUGAAGUUACAGUUAUUAUAAUCUAGCUCUAAUUAAUUAUUAAAUUAUUAUUAAAUAAAAAUAAUUUAUUAAAUUAUUUGCCUGAAACUAGACUAAAUAGUAAAUUCAAUAUAAAAUAUGAGCACCCGUAUUGCUGUGGUAACUGGAGCCAAUAAAGGCAUUGGCUUUGCCAUAGUAAGAGCUCUUUGUAAGAAAUUUGAAGGAGAUGUGCUUCUAACUGCUCGUAAUGUAGACCUGGGAAAGAAGGCUGUCGAGGAACUAGAGAAGGAAGGCUUACAUCCCAAAUUCCACCAACUUGACCUCAAUGAUCACAACAGUGUCGUCAAACUCAGAAAUUUCUUACAGGAUAUUUAUGGCGGCCUAGAUGUACUUGUUAACAAUGCUGGUAUAGCAUACAAGAAUUCCUCCACAGCUCCAUUCUCAGAACAGGCUGAGGUGACAAAUAAAACAAACUUCUUUGACACUUUGAAUGUAUGUGAAAUUCUCUUCCCUCUGCUUCGCCCUCAUGCCAGGGUGGUGAAUGUAUCCAGCAUGGCAUCUCAAAUGGCUCUCAAUCAGUGCUCUAGUGAGUUGAAGGCAAGGUUCACUGACCCGAAUAUAACUAUGGAUGAACUUAAAUCUCUUAUUAAACAGUUCAUUGACACAGCACAAAACAAUCAACACAGAGAGGCUGGAUUUGCUAACAGUGCUUAUGGGACAUCAAAAAUUGGUGUGACUGUAAUGUCCAUGAUCCAACAGAGAGAGCUGGAUGCUAAAGGUGCUGAUGACAUAGUGGUAAAUGCUUGUUGUCCUGGAUAUGUAAAUACUGAUAUGUCAAGCCAUCAGGGACAUCUAACCAUUGAUCAGGGGGCAGAGACUCCUGUCUACUGUGCGCUACUCCCACCCAACAUUGACCACCCCAGAGGAAAGUUCAUCAGGGAGAAGAAAGUGGCCGAGUGGAAGGCAUGACUGUCCAACGUUUAGCUUUGUCUGGUCACCAAAAAUGUUUUCCUUUCUAGUUUUUUUUUUUUUAUUACGCUUCGAAAUGCUCUUAUUGUGUGCCUUUUUUGUUUAAGUAGGCCAUUUCAUUUCACACUGCUGUUAAAACUAUAACUUUCAAAAAAAAAUUUUUGGAAGAUAAAUCUUUGAUCUUGACUUAGGUCAGUGUUAUAUCAAAGUAUGUGUACUACACAGAGCUUGAUUUGAACAUCAGAGGAUGUGUAUUUUUGCAGAGUGUUUUAUAAUUCAGAAAAUACAAGUUAUCUACCCAUUGUAUACACUUUGUUAUUGUAAUAGUGUGGAAAGAUUCAGAUGCAUUUUUUUUUAAAUAAUGCAAGCAGAGAGAAAUAAGUUAAAAAAAAAAAAGAGGGCUCUUAACCCUUAAAGUGCUGAGCCGUUUUACUGUGACUGCAUACAAAAUGAAAUAAACUACCAUACGCGUUUUAAGGGUUAAGGACAUGUAUAAGUGAAUGAAAAGAUGAAGGAAAGGUUUAAAGGUAUGGUAAAAAAAAACAACGCUAGUUCUAUGUGUUUAUAUGAAUGGUUCAACGGAGUAAAAAGUACUUAAUAUAGACCUAGUCCUUGUUGACCUUUUCAUUUUAGCAUUAUUUUUAUUCAUUCUAUCUUGUGACCUUUUCAAAAAACUUUGUUACAAGCUUUUAUUAAAUAUGUUAAUGAAAAUGUUUUUUUUUAAAUGUUUCGAAUGUUUAUAAGAGUUUAAGAUAAUUUAUUUUCUAGUUCAAACCUCCCCACAGCGGGGUAUGGCAGUGGGCAGGGUAAGAACCUGGAACCACGGUCAGUCCAAAUGACAGUCCAGUGCCAGCUAACUUCAGUAAAGAUGUGUUGGUAAAAUUAUUUGGAACUACAGAAUUGGACAAGAAUUUUUAUACUUUUACUAAGACAUUGCUGUAACUUUUUAAAAUAAUAUUGAAAGAUAUAAUGUGAUUAGUAUAAAUAAUUCAAACUUAAGACUAUUAAUUAACUCUAAUAUCAUUAAAGGAAUUUAUAGCAGGAGGCGACAGUAUUGUAAAGCACCCAACACUUAUGGCAUUGUUUGAAGCGUGGUCGAGAGGCUAAGUGCACUUGAACUUGACUUGUCUUGGCUACCUAGAAGGGGGCUCGAGGUUCGACACCCGACUCGGGCAGAGUUGCGUUUACUGAGCACCUAAAGGCAGCACGGAAAACCAACUCCUAGAUACCCCCCUCACCUCCACUGGUCCACAAAUGAGAUUGGACCAAAACGCUCUGAGCAUGCCAUAAGCAUGAAAGUAGCGCUAUAUAAAAGCUAUAAUAAUAAUAAUAACAAAAACAAAGAAAAGUAUUUACAAGGCUAUAAUAACAACAUUAGGACCUGUACAGCAACAGAAAAUGUGCUAUAUACUUUGGCAAAGGAAAAUCUAAGAAAUAUCUAUGGUACGGGUAUACAAGAGAAAACUGGAUGCAGGACACUAACCCUCAGAUCUAUCAGUUAUAUGAAAAACCAUUUAUACUGAUGGAAAUAUAUAUAUAUAUAAAGACUUCAUUGUUUAGAUUACAUUAUCCGACUACUCUGGCCCUGAAAUUAAUUAGAAAUAGCUGUGUCUAAAGAUUUUAAAUGGCAUUAAAUUUGGUAAAUACUGGUAUUGACAUUCAGCACUGUGGCUGUAGGGGAGGUAACAAGUAAAUAUAGGCAAUUUCGUUUUUAAAGGGAAAAAAAAUAAUUUUAUUAUUCAUAACAUUGUAUAGAAAAAUUAACUUUUUUUUUAAAAUAUCCAAUAUUGUACAAAUAUUAUGUACCUUAAUAAAAUGCAAUAAAAUUAUUAUAAAAAUA